CGAUAUAUUUUCCGCGUUUGUAGUUAGUUAUAUGGAUGAAGUCUAAGCUAGGAAAUUUAAGGAUUAUCGAGGUGUUACGAUUACAACUCGUGACAUAAUGGUAUUGAUAAUUUAUUUACACAGGUAUCAGUAGUUGGUGCUGUUUGAAGAAUAUCAUCUCAUGGAGGAAAAAAAGCUGAAUUUCAACCGACCAUUUUUAUCCGUAAGAAGAAAUUAUUCCCCAAACGUAACUCCAAGAACAAGUGACGAAACAAAAACAACCAAUAACAAUUCUCGCAGUGCGGCCAGCGUUAUACCUCAGCUUCCCUCUCACAAAUCAGAACUGAAAUCGGGUCCGAUUAGAAAUCCCGGAGCCGUUCCAUUUAUAUGGGAACAAACACCCGGACAACCUAAACAAGAGACUAAACCAAAAACACGAAACUCCGAUAGACCUCCGCUUGCCCCUAAGCUUCCUCCCGGUAGAAAUCCAAAGCCCAAUAAUCCACAUGAUAUUUGUAAUGAUAAUAAUGUCUCUCCAAUUACGAACGAUGCUAACAGACGAGAUGCUAUUGUCGAAAAGUUAGAGAGAAGUCAAGAGAGAGAAGACGAAGAAGAAGACGAGAAGGAGAGUUGUGAUUCGGAGACAUACGUAGAUGCACUCGAUACACUCUCGAGAACGGAAUCAUUUUUCUUGAACUGCAGUAUGAGCGGCCUUAGUGGAUUGGAUGAUUUGGAUGUUAAACCUUCCGGAAGGUUUUCGACUGAUCCGCAAGCUCGUGAAUUGAUGAUGGAUAGGUUUCUUCCUGCUGCAAAGGCAAUGACUUUAGAAACCCCACAAUAUAAUAAAGAAGCCCAAAAGCAAAACGCCGUUCAAGAACAACAUCAACAGCAGAAUCAGAUAAAGAAGAUUGUAAAUCAUCAACAUAAGCCUUCACUUCGUUACGGGCCUAGCUUUGCAAAACGGUAUUUACAUUACCAAGAAAGUGAAGAAGAACAAGAGGAAGAAGAGAGUGACGAUGAGUAUGAUCAACGUGCUAAUGCUAUGGGAGUGUGUGGUUUAAUUCCCCGUUUUUGCUUAAAGAGUUCGUUCGGCGGCCUUUUAAAUCCUGUUCCUGCUAUUAGUGUAAGAACACGAGUGCCAAUUUCUUCUCGUAAUAAAGUACAACCCAAAUCUUCAUCGUCUGGUUCUUACGGCGAAACUGAGAUUCAGUCAAGGUCUAAUAGAACGGAGAUCAAAUCAAUAGACAUAACUCGCGCUGCACUUAAUGAGGAAAAGACUAAAUCGAGAAACGACAGUGGUCAAUUAGAAACUUUUAUCGAAGAAGAAAAAGAAAUGGUUGCCAUUUCUGAAGAAACAAUGCGUAAAAAGGGCGGAGGCCUAACAACCUUUGAGGAAUUAUUGGCUGAUCCAAAGGAGUCGAAUUCAGGAUUUCCUGUUACCGAGAAGACUCUCUAUGUAGAUACUAUACGGAGUGUCGAAUCGCCAAAUAAUUUGACGUCUUCUUCUCUCACUACACAAGACACUAAACACGUUUCUAUUUCAAGAAAAGAAGAUCACGACACCGUUACUAAGAGGAUGGCUCAAAUGAAUGCAAUAGAUUUAUAUCUUGAGGAUUUCAACAAGUCCAACACUUCCAAUAUUUUAUCAUCGAUCGAUAAGCAAAAUCAAAGUCAUGGUUUUAGCUCAACGGUUACAAAAGAGAUACAAGUGACGGAAAAAGAAGAAACAGAGAGUUUCGAAAAGGAGCUAUCAAGAGCAAUAACUGUGGGGAACUCGUAUCGAAAUUACUCUCAACUCCCUAUUCCUCCGCCUUUACCUAAAUCUCCAUCGGAUUCUUGGCUUUGGCGCACAUUGCCUUCAAUUUCCGCAAAGAAUUCUUCGCUGAGUUCGUAUAUCGGUGCAACUGCAAAACCUCAAAACCAGGUGGUUUCUGAGGAUUGUCCUGCAAGUAAUAUGAAGUGGGAAACUAUUGUAAAAACUACAACAAUGCAGCGUCGUGACUUGCAUUAUUCCAGGGAAUCAUUAACAGCUAUACCGGAAACUUGAGAAUGGAUUUCAUGGUGAUCAUACCACGAUGCCUAUAUACUUUUAUUUUCGACGAUUCUUGAGGUGUUUGUUUCGUUUUUUUUUUUUUUUUUUUUUUUUUUCUUCUUUUCGGAUGAUAAUGGGUUGGUAAUUGUAGUUUUGAUCCCUCAUUUCCUAUCUCAUGUAAUUACAGUCUCAAUAAACAUAUGGCUGCGGCUAUAUGCAAGACUAACUCCACUUGUGCAAGAUCAAAUUAAAUUUUUUAAUGUAUAAAUAC